AUUCGCUUUUGAUGAUGAAAAUGAUUAAUUUGGUAUUGUUUUUUAUAGCCGUUUUCACUAAUUCGACACUUGCUUAUACUCAUCAUAACUUUAACUUCUCUGACGUGGAACUAACGACUUUAGUAAAAGCUAAAGAAGUGGAUUGUUUUUAUCAAUAUGCAAAGCCAAAACAAACACUGCGGUUUGAAUAUAGGGUUGUCAACUCUGAUUAUAGCGUAUUCAGUGGAACAAGUGACUUGCUCAUAACAUUUUAUGUUGUCGCACCGAAUCAAAAAGUCGUAGUGAAGGAGAUCAAGAAAUCUAACGGAAUAUUCAAACAUUCAGUCAAAAUACCAGGCGAUUUUCAAAUUUGUCUGGACAACAGCUUCAGCCAUUCGUCAGCAAAAACUGUCUUCUUCGAAAUGUCUCUAGAUAUUAGUAACGAUGAAAGUCGGUGGGAAGUCCUGCAUGAGAUGAUUGAAGCGGACAAGAAAGGCAACGAUACGAUAAGCAUGCUUCGAAGAGCUGCUGAUAAAUUGAAAGAUGAUCUGGAAUCAUUAAAACACUACCAAGAUACAUUUCGAGCAGUGGAAGCGAGAGACCUAAACAUAAUGGAGAAAAAUUUGGUUAAAGUUAACGCGCUUUCGUCGCUCACAAUUGUGUGCAUGAUGCUAAUUGGCGCAUUUCACCUUUUUGUUUUGAAAAGCAUGUUUAGACCAUCAAGUUUCUUGUACAAACUAAUUCGAAAAGUAUGCUGAAAACUUUCCGUGCAGUCGAAUUUUAUGGAGUUUAAAAUCACCCAGUGGGACAGUUUUCUUUGACGUUAUUACAGAAUCCUUGUAGUGACUUUUAAUGUUACAGAAAGCUAUAAAAAGCGA